CCUUUGCAGCCACCAUGUCGUCCUACGUGCUCGGCAUCGACUUCGGCACGACCAACACCGUGGUGGCCGUCAUGAUGGAGGAUGGCGUCGUCGAGGUGAUCGCUAAUGACAUCGGGAACAGGACGACCCCCAGCGUGGUGCACAUCGACCCAACCGACCCUUCCAAGCACCAGGUCGGGGAGGCCGCCCUGAAGCUGGGACUCAAGGACCCGCAGAACACCAUCCGCAAUGUGAAGCGGGUCCUGGGCUUCCCCCCGGAGGCAGCGCGCUUUGUCACAGCUCUCGGCCCCGUGAAGGUCCUCGCCUCAGAACACGGGGAAGCCGUGUCACUCAAAUUGAGUGGUGGUACCGAGACCACCCCAGAACAAGUAAGUGGACGUCUCUUUUACUGUUAAUCCGUCUCGCCAAGA